AUGAGUUCCAUCGGUACGGGCUAUGAUCUAGCUGCAUCGACGUUCUCCCCUGAUGGGCGCAUAUUCCAAAUCGAGUAUGCCCAGAAGGCCGUUGAUAAUAGUGGCACGAUGAUCGCUCUGCGUGGUAAAAAUGGGGUAGUCACAGCUGUUGAUAAGGUGAUCACGUCGAAGAUGUAUGAAGAGAAUGCGAACCCACGGAUGUUCAGUGCUAAUGAAGACAUAGGAAUAGCCUUAGCAGGGGUAUACCCUGAUUGCCGAGCUUUGAAGGAUUACGCAUGCAACGAGGCUGUGAAAUACCUCAAGGACUAUCGGCAGCCAAUGCCGAUCCAAAAACUUGCAAAUGCUUUGGCUGAAUACGUUCACGUGUUCACUCUCGGGAUUAGUCGACCAUUCGGUGCUGCUGCGUUUUUCACUUCAUGGAAUGCUAAGGAUGGCGGCAAACUAUACUUGGUGGAGCCAUCUGGACUUUGCUACGAAUAUAAGGCGUGGGCUGUUGGAAAACACCGACAAGCCGCUAAGGCAGAAAUCGAAAAACUCAAGUUGGAAGAAUACGAUAUGAAGGAUCUAGUAAAAGAGGCUGCACGAAUCAUCAUGGCCAUUCGGGACGAAAAUAAGGACAAAGAUGUUCAAAUAGAGCUAGGAUGGGUAGGAGCACAUACCGAUGGGAAACACCAGACAGUACCGGCUGACAUUGUCACGGAGGCUGAAGAAUGGGCUCAUGCGAAACUAGAAGAGGAUGAUAUGGAUGAAUAG